GAGCAGGAUGCCCUCUGACCUCCAGGAGCGUCACCUGACCUCCAGCUGCGGCUCCUAUAUCAAGACUGAGCCCUCCUCCCCCUCCUCCUCAUUGGUUGACACCAUCAACCACCACAGCCCCUCGGCCAAUAGCGACGUCAGCGGCAGUCACAUCAACGUAAACAACCUCAACGGACGCUCGCACGUCCUCGACUCCCAGCCCAUGUUCAACCCGGGCAUGCUGGGAGGGGGCGGAGCCUGUCUCCGGAGGUAUGACGACUGCGGAGAGGGCGUGGCGGAUGAUUCUCCAAUCAAGUGCGAGUAUAUGUUGAAUGCGAUACCAAAAAGGCUGUGUCUGGUGUGUGGGGAUAUCGCAUCAGGUUACCACUAUGGGGUCGCCUCCUGCGAGGCCUGCAAAGCCUUCUUCAAAAGGACCAUACAAGGGAACAUAGAGUACAGCUGUCCAGCCACUAACGACUGUCAAAUCACCAAGAGGAGACGCAAGUCCUGCCAGGCCUGUCGCUUCAUGAAGUGUCUCAAAGUGGGCAUGCUCAAGGAGGGUGUGCGUCUGGAUCGCGUGAGGGGCGGAAGACAGAAGUACAAGAGGAGAAUGGGGGACACGGAGAACGGGGCCUAUCUAGGCCAGACACUCCCCCCUCCUGCCAAAAAGCCAUUGACAAAGAUCGUGUCUCACCUGCUGGUGGUUGAACCGGAGAAGAUCUAUGCCAUGCCAGACCCGACCAUGCCAGAUGGAUACAUCAAGGCCCUGACCACUCUGUGUGACCUGGCUGACAGAGAACUGGUGGUCAUCAUCGGCUGGGCCAAACAUAUCCCAGGAUUCUCCAGCCUGUCUCUGGCAGACCAGAUGAGUCUACUGCAGAGCGCAUGGAUGGAGAUCCUGGUCCUGAACAUCGUGUUCCGCUCGUUGGCCUAUGAGGAGGAGCUGGUGUAUGCUGAGGACUAUGUGGUGGAUGAGGAGCACGCUCGUCUAUCUGGCCUGCUGGACCUGCACGUUGCCAUCCUGCCUCUGGUCCGACGCUAUAAGAAGCUGAGCAUGGAGAAGGAGGAGUUUGUCACACUUAAGGCCAUCGCCCUCUCCAACUCAGACUCCAGGCAUAUAGAGAAUGUGGAGGCUGUGCAGCGGCUCCAGGACUCUCUCCAUGAGGCCUUGCAGGACUUAGAAGGUGCCCACAACACGGAGGACCCUCGGCGGACAGGAAAGCUGCUGAUGACUCUUCCCUUGCUCCGUCAGACCGCCGCCAAGGCCGUGCAGCACUUCUACAGCAUCAAGGUGCAGGGAAAAGUGCCCAUGCACAAACUCUUCUUGGAGAUGCUGGAGGCCAAGGCUUGAUAAUUGGGCGGGGAGGCUUGAAUGACAGCUGCAUCGCCCAAUGAGGAUGAAGGACAGCCCCGGAAUAGGAGGGGUGAUGCUACGGAGAACCUAUGACAGUGACAUUAUAACGCUGAUCGUUGUUUCUAUGGAACAAAAUUAAUGAGGAAUAGAGGGAAACGAGACAAACUGAUUUUAAGGGUGAAUAUAAAGAGUCAUGUAUAUAAAGAUGCUGUGUACAGAACUGCUGUUAUAAUCAGAGACUCUUCGGUCUAGAUCACCUGUAACUACUGAGAGAUUUGGUUUCUUUUCACCUUGUGAAUAGGAAUGGUAUGAUCUGAUCAAUCUGAUUGGUUAGAGCCACUCAAGUAUCUGAUCAAUCUGAUUGGUUAAAGAGCUACUCAAGUAUCUGAUCAAUCUGAUUGGUUAGUGCUCCUCAAGUAUCUGAUCAAUCUGAUUGGUUAGUGCUACUCAAGUAUCUGAUCAAUCUGAUUGGUUAGAGCUACUCAAGUAUCUGAUCAAUCUGAUUGGUUAGUGCUACUCAAGUAUGAUUUUUUUCUCUUUUUUAAUGUUUAUGUCAGUUGUAUAACAUUAUAUUCUGGUAUAUAUCCCAGUCAACAGUUUAGACACACCUACUCAUUUAAGGGUCUUUCUUUUUUGUUGUUGCUAUAUUCUACAUUGUAGAAUAACAGUGAAGACAUCACAACUAUGAAAUAACACAUAUGGAAUCAUGUAGUAACCAGAAAAGUGUUAAACAAAACAAAAAUAUUUGAGAUUCUUCAAAGUAGCCACCCUUUGCCUAUUUGAUGACAGCUUUGCAUACUCUUGGAAUUCUCUCAACCAGCUUCAUGAGGUAGUCACCUGGAAUGCAUUUCAAUUAACAGGUGUGGCUUGUUAAAAGUGAAUUUGGAGAAUUUCUUUCCUUCUUAAUGCAUUUGAGCCAAUAAUUUGUGUUGUGACAAGGUAGGAGAGGUAUACAGAAGAUAUCCCUAUUUGGGCAAAGUCCAUAUGAUGGCAAGAACAGCUCAAGAAAGCAAAGAGAAACAACAGUCCAUCAUUACUUUAAGACAUGAAGGCCAGUCAAUACGGAAAAAUUAAAGUACUUUGAAAUAUUAUUCAAGUGCAGUCGCAAAAACCAUCAAGCACUAUGAUAAAACUGGCUCUCAUGAGGACAGCCACAGGAAAGGAAAACCCAGAGUUACCUCUGCUGCAGAGGAUAAGUUCAUUAGAGUUACCUGCCUCAGAAAUUGCAGCCCAAAUAAAUGCUUAACAGAGUUCAAGUAACAGACACAUCUCAACAUCAACUGUACAGAGGAGACCUGCGUGAAUCAGGCCAUGGUCGAAUUGCUGCAAAGAAACCACUACUAAAGGACACCAAUAAGAAGAACAAACAAUGGACAUUUAGACCGGUGGAAAUCUGUCCUUUGGUCUGAUGAGACCAAAUUUGAGAUUUUUGGUUCCAACUGCCGUGCCAGUGUGAGAUGCAGAGUAGGUGAACGGAUGAUCUCUGCAUGUGUGGUUCCCACCGUGAAGCAUGGAGGAGGAGGUGUGAUGGUGCUUUGCUGGUGACACUGUCUGUGAUUUAUUUAGAAUUCAAGGCACACUUAACCAGCAUGGCUACCACAGCAUUCUGCAGCGAUAUACCAUCCCAUCUGGUUUGUGCUUAUUGGGAGUGUAAUUUGUUUUUCAACAGGACAAUGACCCAACACACCUCCAGGCUAUGUAAAAGCUAUUUGACCGAGAAGGAGAGUGAUGGAGUUCUGCAUCAGAAGACCUGGUCUUCACAGUCACCUGACCUCAACCCAAUUGAGAUGGUUUGGGAUGAGUUGGACAGCAAAGUGAAGGAAAAGCAGCCAACAAGUGCUCAGCAUAGGUGGGAACUCCUUCAAGACUGUUGGAAAAGCAUUCCAUGUGAAGUUGGUUGAGAGAAUGCCAAGAGUGUGCAACGCUGUCAUCAAGGCAAAGGGUGGCUACUUUGAAGAAUCUAAAAUAUAUUUUGAUUUGUUUAACACUUUCUUUUGGUUGCUACUUUAUUUCAUAUGUGUUAUUUCAUAGUUGUGAUGUCUACACUUUUAUUCUAGAAUGUAGAAAAUAGCUAAAAAAAAAAAAAUUAAGACCCUUGAAUUAGUAGGUUUGUCCAAACCUUUGACUGGUACUGUAUAUGUACUGUAUAUUGGGUCAUUUUCCCUAGGAAUGGAUUGGGUUUGGCAGUUAUUGUGUUGUAUUACUUAUCAAAGAAGCACAUCCAUACACCUUUAGGGGGUAAGAGUUUGAGUCCUUCGUAACCACACCUGGGCUGAAAUAAAAUAAGCCUUUCAUUGUCAGAGAGCCUUCCGUUGUCAGAGAGCCUUCCGUUGUCAGGGAGCCUUCCGUUGUCAGAGAGCCUUCCGUUGUCAGGGAGCCUUCCGUUGUCAGAGAGCCUUCCGUUGUCAGGGAGCCUUCCGUUGUCAGAGAGCCUUCCGUUGUCAGGGAGCCUUCCGUUGUCAGAGAGCCUUCUGUUGUCAGAGAGCCUUCCCAGAGUCCCCCGAGAGUUUUUUUUAUCCUCUCUGUUAUAUCACACAAUAUUUUACAUAAAGCUGCUUUUUUUUAUGACCAUAGAGUGAAUUCUGCUUCCUGUUUUCUUUUUUUGCCAAGAAAGGUACAGUGUCAUGACAACCCUACACGAUACUGGUGUCAUGACAACCCUACACGAUACAGGUGUCAUGACAACCCUACUCUGUUAUGCCCUGAGCAGAGGGAGCAGGGUUCCCCACUUCAGAGAUCCCAUGUGCGGAACAGAGCUAACCCUCCAACCACUCACAGUAAUGUAAUGUGUAGCUAAUUAUAGCUAAAUACAGAAGAGAUGCUGUUCCCUUGGCACCCACCAACCCCUACCUCCCUCCUCUCAAAGGUGUAACGAUCAAACCGAUACACUGUUCAGAGCAUCUCCUCUACAGUCAACUAUAGUCUACUGUAAUGUUGACAAUGAGAUGGAGCUUUGGGAAUGGAAAGGUCGAUGAUAACUGCCAAAGGCUGUGUUUACACAACUCUGAUAUUUUUUCCCACUAAUUGAUCUGUUGACCAAUCACAUGUUUUCACAUCAUAUUUUUUUUCUGAGCUGAUUGUGAUUGGUCAAAAAAAUAUCCGAAUCGGGCUGCCUGUGUGAACGCGGCCUAAUUCAGCAGGGUGUUGGGCUUCAGAGUGGCGCAGCGGUCUAAGGAACUUUAGCUCAGUGCUAGAGGCGUCACUACAGACCCUGGUUUGAUUCCAGGCUGUAUCACAACCGGCCGUGAUUGGGAGUCCCACAGGGCGGUGCACAUUUGGCCCAGCGUCGUCCGGGUGAGGGUUUGGCCAUGGGUUGGCCGUCAUUGUAAAUAAGAAUUUGUUCUUAACUGACUUGCCGAGUUAAAUAAAGGUAAAAAAAUAUAUAUAUACAUUAAUAAUAAUAAAUUCCAUUUAAACUCCAGUCAAUUCAGAAAUUAAACCAAAUUCCAAUUCCAAAUGUACCCUUCUAAAAAAACAUUGAAGAGAAUUAGAACUUCCUCGAGUUGAAUGGAAUUGACCCCAACACUGUAAUUCAGUAAUUUAAAGGAUCUCAGGACAGUGAUAAUGUGUCCUUUGUACUGGUCCAAGAUCAGUUCUCUCCCCAACUGCCACAGUAUCUUAAUCUAUUGGGAAUAUAAAUUAGCUAUGCAGAUACUUACUUCCUAUUCCAAUAGCUCCUCGAAGCUUACAACCAGACAUUAUAUUGUAGUACAUUUGGGAGUAGCACCGACCGGUACUUGAACCUGGGUCCAGCAACUGUCAAGCAAACACCUUACCCAUUAUGGCAAGAGGUAUCAAGUCUCAUGACAAGGGUUGUGAGGUGUUGGGUAAAGGUCGCUACAAUAUGAUGAACUAUGUUAAUAAGACUAAGACAAAGAGAGUAUCUCUCCAAAGAGUUGUGAGUUUCAGUACUAUUCCCUUCUCU